AUGAUGAAGAAAAUCGAAGGAUCGUCAGUUUUAACCGGCAAAAAGCAAUCUCAUUCGAUGCUGACUGCUGCUAUCGAGGAUUUUUUCAAGCCAAGCUCAGAAAGCAUGACGGACUCAAAGUACUUCACGACAACGAAAAAGGGAGAAAUCUUCGAGCUGCGAGCAGAUCUCAAUUCCGACAGAAAAGACAAAAAGAAAGAUGCCGUUAAGAAAGUAAUCGCGAGUAUGACAGUCGGAAAGGAUGUUUCGGCACUCUUUCCCGACGUCGUUAAUUGCAUGCAAACUGAGAACCUGGAAUUGAAGAAACUCGUCUAUUUAUACUUGAUGAAUUAUGCGAAAACGCAACCAGACAUGACAAUUAUGGCUGUCAACACCUUCGUGAAAGACUGUGACGAUCCCAACCCGCUUAUCCGCGCUCUCGCUGUCCGAACAAUGGGCUGCAUCCGAGUGGACAAAAUCACCGAAUACCUCUGCGAGCCGCUCAGAAAAUGCCUGAAAGACGAGGACCCCUAUGUUCGGAAAACCGCAGCAGUUUGCGUCGCCAAGUUAUAUGACAUCUCCGCCGACAUGGUUCAAGAACAGGGCUUCCUGGACGCGCUCAAGGACCUCCUCAGCGAUUCAAAUCCAAUGGUCGUUGCAAAUGCAGUUGCAGCACUCUCCGAAAUCGGCAGGGAUGAUUUCUUGACAAAAUCAGUCGUCAACAAGCUUUUAACCGCGCUAAACGAGUGCACCGAAUGGGGACAGAUUUUCAUCCUCGACGCGGUGGCCGAAUAUCAUCCAGCUGAUCCAAGAGAAGCUCAAAGCAUCUGCGAACGAGUUACUCCUCGUCUUUCUCAUGCCAACGCCGCCGUUGUCCUCAGCACUAUCAAAGUGCUCAUGCGCUUCAUGGAGCUCAUUCCCGACGUCGAUUACAAAACUGGACUUCUCCGAAAGCUUUCGCCGCCACUCGUUACUCUUCUCAGCUCCGAAGCUGAAGUACAAUACGUCGCUUUACGAAACAUCAAUCUGAUCGUCCAGAAACGCCCUGAAAUUCUCAAGCACGAGAUCAAGGUCUUCUUCGUAAAAUACAACGAUCCAAUUUACGUCAAACUUGAGAAACUCGACAUUAUGAUCAGAUUGGCUUCUCCUCACAACAUCGCUCAGGUUCUUGCUGAAUUGAGGGAGUACGCAACGGAAGUCGACGUCGAUUUCGUCCGAAAAGCCGUCCGAGCUAUUGGCAGAUGCGCGAUCAAAGUCGAAAACUCUGCUGAACGAUGCGUGUCAACUCUGAUCGAACUUAUCCAGACAAAAGUCAACUACGUCGUUCAAGAAGCAAUCGUCGUCAUCAAGGACGUUUUCCGAAAAUACCCGAACAAGUACGAAUCAAUCAUUGCGACGCUUUGCGAGAACUUGGACUCUCUUGAUGAGCCAGAAGCUCGAGCAGCGAUGGUCUGGAUCAUCGGAGAGUACGCGGAACGAAUCGACAACGCGGAUGAGCUUUUGGAAUCGUUCUUGGAUGGAUUUAAUGAUGAAGCGACGCAAGUUCAGCUUCAGCUGCUCACGGCUAUUGUUAAAUUGUUCUUGAAAAAGCCAAACGAGUGCCAGCAGCUUGUCCAAACCGUCCUCUCCCUCGCAACACAAGACUCCGACAACCCAGAUCUCCGUGAUCGGGGCUACAUCUACUGGCGUCUUCUCUCUACCGAUCCAGCUGCGGCGAAAGACGUCGUCCUCGCCGAGCGACCUCUUAUCAGCGACGAAACAGAUCUGAUCGAACCUACUCUCCUUGACGAGCUCAUUUGCCACAUUUCCUCGCUAGCCAGUGUUUAUCACAAACCGCCCUCGCUCUUUGUCGAGAACGAAAAACCAGUCGUCAAGACUCUCCGAUCGGCAGCAGCUGCUGCUUCCACUCCUGAUGCCGCUGCUGAAGCCAAUGGAUCAGCUGCCGAAGCUCCAGCUCCUACCAUCAUUCCUUCCUCAAACAACCUCGUCGACGAUCUUCUCGGUUUGGACCUUGGAGGAGGCAGCACUGCCGCCACUCCAAGUUACUCAGCUCCUCCACCAACUGGAGGAAUGGAUAUCCUGGGCGGCGGGCUCGAUUCCUUGCUUGACCUGGGAAUCGGUGGUGGAGCUCCACCACCGCAGCAACAGGCGAAUCCGGUCAAUUCGAACCCAAUGGGAGCUGCUCCUCCCAUGGGUGGAGGAUUGCUUGAUCUCAUGGGCGGAGGUGCUCCACCUCCAGCUCAGGCAGCACCAAGUCCUUAUGGAGGUAUGGGCGCGGACAUCUUCGGCGGUUUGGGCGGUUCAACUCCAGCGGCUCCACCUGUAGAACUCGAUACCUGGUGUAAUGCACAAGCUUGUAUGGGCCUAGAACUCAAGGGCAGAAUCAAACGGGAGAACAAUCAGAUCAUUAUGGAAAUGCAAAUUACGAAUAAAGGAAUGCAACCGAUGACCGACUUUGGAAUUCAAUUCAACAAAAACUCAUUUGGUCUCUGGCCCAGUGGUCCGCUGUCCGUUCCUGCUGUUCAAGCCGGACAGACUGUCCCAACUCAGUUGAUCCUGACGACUCAGGGUCAGGUGCAAAAGAUGGAUCCUUUGACAACGCUCCAAGUAGCGAUAAAGAACAAUCUAAAGGUGUUUUAUUUUGCCACAGAAGUUCCACUUGAGGUCUUGUUUACUCCCGAUGGAAAGAUGGAUCGACAAGUAUUCCUUGCGACGUGGAAAGACAUACCCGCACAGAAUGAAUCAUCAUCAACGAUUCCCUCGGCGGGAAAUCUCGGUGCAGAUGCAAUCACGGCGAAAUUGGAGAGUGCCAAUGUUUUCAAUGUUGCGAAAAGAAAUGUGGAAGGAGUCGACAUGCUCUACAACUCGUUUAAAUUAACCAACGGCAUUUGGUGCCUUCUUGAGCUUCGAAUCCAGCCGGGGUCUUCAGACGUCGUUCUCUCGCUAAAAGCCCGGCAGACGGAAAUCUUCAAGUUUGGUCAAAAAGCAAUCGAGUCCAUCCUCAAAUGA